GACACGAGCCCGGGAUCUGCUGUCGCCUCCGCCUGCGAGCAGCUGGGCGCCGAGCAAAAGCCAGAGCCGGGCCGCGCGCCGCCGCCAUGGGGAGCCGCGUGUCGCGAGAGGACUUCGAGUGGGUCUACACCGACCAGCCCCACGCCGACCGGCGCCGGGAGAUUCUGGCAAAAUAUCCAGAGAUAAAAUCCUUGAUGAAACCUGAUUCUAACUUGAAAUGGAUUAUAAUUCUGAUGGUUCUCACCCAGUUGGUUGCAUUUUACUUGGUCAGAGACUUGGACUGGAAAUGGGUCAUGUUUUGGGCCUACGCCUUUGGCAGUUGUGUUAACCACUCAAUGACUCUGGCUAUUCAUGAGAUUGCCCAUAAUUUCACUUUUGGCCACCACAAGACACUAUGGAAUCGCUGGUUUGGAAUGUUUGCUAAUCUCCCUAUUGGGAUUCCAUAUUCAAUUUCCUUUAAGAGGUAUCACAUGGAUCAUCACCGGUACCUUGGAGCUGAUGGCAUCGAUGUGGAUAUUCCUACUGAUUUUGAAGGCUGGUUCUUCUGUACCACUUUCAGAAAGUUUAUGUGGGUUAUUCUUCAGCCUCUCUUUUAUGCUUUUCGACCUCUGUUCAUCAACCCCAAACCAGUUUCCUACCUGGAAAUUAUCAAUACUAUAUCUCAGAUUACUUUUGACAUUAUUGUUUACUACGUUUUUGGAAUUAAAUCUUUAGUCUACAUGUUGGCAGCUUCCCUACUUGGUCUGGGUUUGCACCCAAUAUCUGGACAUUUUAUAGCUGAACAUUACAUGUUCUUAAAAGGACAUGAAACAUACUCGUAUUAUGGGCCUCUGAAUUUACUCACCUUCAAUGUGGGUUAUCAUAAUGAACAUCAUGACUUCCCCAACGUUCCUGGGAAAAACCUUCCACUGAACUGCACGAUAACUGAUGUCAAUGGAAUCCCAAAGAUCAAAAGAUCCUCUCCUGACUUGCAGCUUCCAGACUCAUCUAAAAUAAAAGAAGUCAAGGAAUCCUACAUCUGUGAUGCAUUAGAGGACCUGAAAUUUUUCUUCAAGAAAAGGAAGGAUAUACUCAGAUUAAUUAACGAAGAUCUGCAUUACUUAUACACUUUUGGACUGAUUUCUUCCUAUGCUGUGGAACUUAUAAAACCCUCCACUGCAAUGGAACACAUUUAGUGUUCUACAAUUUUGAGAGUUCAGCUAGCAGAAGCUCCUGGGUCUGAAAGGAAGACCCAUCAUCAGUUUACCAGACUCACAAUCAGCCAGAGUGGGAGAACAGGUUUUGCUGUCUGUGCAACAGAAGAAGGCAAAACCGGAGUAUGGUGAUAGAAAUCAGACCAGAGAUAACCUGGAGUGAGGCUUGGGAAAGGACUGACUACAAGGAAUACAGAAGUUUCUGGAGUGAUGAAAAUGUUCUACACCUUGACUGAAGUACUGGUGACAUUGGUCAGAUGGCACAGUUACAAUUGAAUGCAAAUUAAAUUUCAAUUUGAAAAGUUCUUGCUUUGCUGACAAGGCCGGCCUCAAACUCAUGAUCCCACUGCCGAGGUCUUCUGAGUGCAGAGGUUGCAAUUAUGUUGUAGACUCAAUAAAAAUCUGUUCUUCAAAGUGCUAAACUGAAUCAUGAAGUAAUCAUGAAGUCACCUGAAGAUCAAAUUCAUAAACAUACAGAUCUUAGUGGUGUCCAGUAACUGUGAAUUAUGACUUAGUUUCCUCUGAAAGAUGUGCAAGCCCUCAAGGGGAAGCUGAGGAGAUGAGAUGGGUUAUAUUCGUUUUCAGAACAGUAUUCAAGCCAGAUACAUUCUGCUCAUGAGAGUUAA